GCUUUUUUUUAGUGUGGUGUCAAAGAAAGCAGAGCAUUUCUUUACUAUGGACAGACCUCUCCCCAUCUUUACAACCAUUGAAUCUAUCCGUUUUGACCAUGACAGUUUUCAAUCGAAGCGGCGCCUGGUGGCCCCUGAGCCUGCAGCUGAACCCCCCAGCCUGAACAGGAGUGCCAAGGAGCAGGAGCACAUAGACCUGGAAGAAGACGAGGAGCUCACACUCAAUUCAUUCACGGAUGGCUCAUCCUGUCCAAGCUGAUGCUGCUCUUCUGGUUCAGCUUCGUGUACCUGGGGGAGGUAUUGAAAACCUGCAACAUGGCCAUGGAUUACUCCACAGUAGCCAUCAUCUAGAACUUUGGGGCGGUGGGAAUGAUCUGCAUACAUUGGAAGGGGCCCCUGCAGCUGCAGCAGGCGUACCUCAUCGCCAUCUCAGCCCUCUUGGCCCUGGUGUUCAUCAAGUACCUGCCCGAGUGGUCCGCCUGGGUCAUCCUGGGAGCCAUCUCUGUCUACGAUUUGGUUGCAGAUUUGUGCCCCAAAGGUCCUCUAAGGAUGCUUGUGGAGACAACACAGGAGUGUAACGAGCCCACCUUCCCUGCACUCAUAUAUUCAUGGACUCUGCCUCACUCUUCUGCUGCUGGCCAUAUACAAGAAGGAGAUUGGGGGGGCCAUCACCUUCGGCCUGGUCUUCUACUUCUCUACAGAUAACCUGGUCCGCCCCUUUAUGGACAACCUCGCUGCCCAUCAGUUCUACAUCUGACUUCCCCUCUGGGGGUCAAUAGAAUGCACAAAACCCCCCCCUCCACGCCUGUAAUGUUUUACACCAAUGGUAGUAUAAGCAAGGAUUUGAUUGGGGGGGCUAUAAUGCCUUUUAAUCAAAUUUUGUAUAUUUUGCUAACAGGUCACCACAAAUGAGGGUCAAAUGCAUCAAGGAUUGUUUCAUGGGGUCUUCAAGGUGGCAGGUGUAUCUGGCUGUUAUUUUCCAGAUAUAGGAUGGCGUCAAUUUGUUUCUUCUCAUUAGAUAGGUCAAUUUUGAUAAGAUGCAGGUCAGAAAAACAGGAUAUUGUGAAUGAUCAGGAGAAAUCACAUUUGUAUUACGCACUAUAGAUCAUUUUGAAUUAGGCAUUUAUGUCCCACUCAACCAACUUUGGGUUCUUUUGAGGAUAACUUGGCACUUCAAUAGUUCAAGUGAAGUGGUAACUUGAACAGUCAAGACAUGCUGCAGUGAUCCAUUCAAGUCAAAUCUCUGCUCAAGGCUACUGGUUUUUAAAGGGGCAGUGCAGUCCAAAACUUGAUUUAAUUAUAUUUGCCCACCAAGGUCAAAAAUAACUCUGAAAUUGGGAAAAUUAUAAUUCCCUUUUAGUGUGAGGUUAAUCUUUUUACUCCUGGAAUUUGCCUGUUCAGGUGGGAUGUAGUUUUUGGCCCCCACAGCAUGACAUCACAAUCCGAUCGGAUUAUUCUGACCAAUAACCUGUUCACAAAAAUGGUUAGCUCCUACAGACAGUGACUCUGUCUGUCUGGGGCUUGCUAUAUAAAGCAGGCAUCGAGGUCAGUGUAUUUGGUGUUAUUUUCAUGAAAUAAAGUUGUUGUUUUUUUACACUGAUUUUAAUGUCUUGAAAGCAGAAAGUCUGUCUUCACUUCUAACCCCCAUUCCCUUUAUGUAAAUAAGCAAGACAAUCAAGCAGAUUCAAAUGAAAGUUCUGUUUGAGGCACUAUUCGUCAACAAUUGAUUUAAUCUUGUAUGACUUGUAGAAAAUUAUUAAACUUUACAUUUUCUAAUAGUUGGUUUGAAACCAAAUGGAAGUCAAAUCAUGCACUCUCUAUUUCGAUAAUUGCUGCUAUGUAUGGUGAAGGUGUAGGAUUGGGGGAGAGGCUGAUGCUAGAUCUGUACCUAGGGGAAACAUCCCGGAGAGCCCGAAAACAGAAACUAAACAUGAAGCAUGAUGGUCCAAACUAGCCUGAAAUCCAAACGGAUAUUCUCUGUUCAUCAGUUUGUAUUGCAGUCUAGGUUCUAAAUGCUCACUGAAGACCAAAACUUGCCGGUAGCUUAAAGCUAAAAUACUGGCAUGCUGUUUGAACGCAACGAGAGUGUGUAGUCUUUAUAUUGAAGAUAUAUUUUAUAGAAUGUAAUGCUGUAACAUUUUAUAUUAAUACACUUAAAUGAAGUUUGAUGGAUUUUCUGUUGUGCAAUAAAGUGGUACUUCUGCUAAAUGAAUUCCAAGAGCACAAAUCUAACAAUGGAUGAAAGGGUGCUUCUGACGAUUAAUCUUAAUGGUUGUACAGUCGUCUCAAAUAAAACUGUGAA